AUGGCUUCCCCCCAACAUCAGCACCUGCUGCCUCACAACACUGAAGUGAGCUGUGACUCAAGUGGAGAUGGAGGCGUCUCGGUGAGGAUUGGCAGCAGUGUCAAACACAAGCACGGAGGCGGGCCGCUGGCUUCCAUCGGGGGAGGUUUCAUGGGGGGAGCCAAGCACUGCAAGUACAGCAUUUCCUCUAGUUGUAGUUCUGGAGAGUCUGGAGUGAGGAGGCCGGCGGUCAAGAGUUUUCGCACUCAGAGGAAGAUGCCUCAGCUUUUUGAGAGAUCUGCAAGUCAUUUCUGGGACCCAAAGUUUGACUCUCCUAUCCUGGAGGAGGCCUGCAGAGAACGGUGUUUCCCUCAGACCCAGCGGCGCUUUCGCUAUGUGCUCUUUUACCUGGUAGCUGCUGCUUUCCUCUGGGGAUUGUACUUCGCUGCCAACCCUUCCCGAUGCAAUAGGGCUGCUUUUCUCCUUCCCACUGCUUCAUUCCUUCUUUUCUGCCUCCUUCUUUUCUUCCUAACUUUUACCAAGCUUUACUCUCGCUGUUACAACCAAGCAUCUCUGCUGCUCAUCCUUGUCACCUUCAUCCUGACUCUGGCCCCCCAGAUCCAGACAUCAGGCUUCAGGGACCCAGAGACUCCCACGCCGACACUUGAUGUGGAAGAAUUCAGUGGCAUGGGGCCCGCCUACAACCUGUCCUAUGACAAGCUUGUGGGAGGGAACACCUGGUCGCCCUGUCUGUCUCCAGUGGGCACCUUCUCCCUCUGCAUCGAGGUUCUCCUGUUGCUAUACAGCGUUCUUCAUGUUCGUCUCUACGCCUCUGUCCUGCUCGGGUUUCUCUACUCUGUCUUUUUUGAGAGUUUGGGCUGGCUGCACUUGACCCAAGUAGGGAAGAAGUGGAACUUAGCCUCUCCAUCAGACUUGGAUACACUGAGCUGGUUAGGCCCAGCCAAAGCCUUGCUCCAUCUCUGUGCUCAUGCCAUCGGCAUCCACCUGUUCAUCAUGUCUGAGGUGCGCUCACGCAGCACCUUCCUUAAGGUGGGACAAGCUAUCAUGCAUGGCAAAGACCUGGAGGUGGAGAAAGCCUUGAAGGAGCGAAUGAUCCACUCGGUCAUGCCCAGAAUUGUGGCUGAUGAACUGAUGAAGCAGGGUGAUGAGGAGAUUGGUGACAAUUCUGUUAAACGUUACUCCACCAGUGGAGCAGCUGCUGCCAUCUCCAGUCCUAAAAACAAUAAGCGCAAGAAAACCUCCAUCCCACGAGGACAGAUCAUCUUCAGACCCUUCAACAUGAAGCGGAUGGAGCCUGUCAGCAUCCUCUUUGCAGAUAUUGUGGGAUUCACUAAAAUGUCUGCCAACAAAUCUGCUCAUGCCCUUGUAGGACUUUUAAAUGACUUGUUUGGACGUUUCGAUAGACUUUGUGAGCUCACUGGCUGUGAAAAGAUCAGCACUCUGGGAGACUGUUAUUAUUGUGUGGCCGGCUGUCCCGAACCCAGACCAGAUCAUGCGUAUUGCUGUGUGGAGAUGGGCCUUGGCAUGAUUCAGGCCAUCGAACAGUUCUGCCAGGAGAAGAGGGAGAUGGUGAACAUGAGGGUGGGCGUCCACACUGGCACUGUGCUGUGUGGUAUCCUGGGAAUGAAACGCUUCAAGUUCGACGUUUGGUCAAAUGAUGUCAACUUGGCCAAUCUGAUGGAGCAGCUGGGUGUGGCUGGGAAGGUCCACCUGUCGCAGGCCACUGCCAACUUCUUGGAUGACCGCUACCAGCAUGAAGACGGGCAGGUCAACGAGAGAAUAGGACAGAGUGUGGUGGCUGACCAGCUCAAAGGUCUGAGGACCUAUCUGAUCUCUGGCAGAAAGGUGGAGCCUCUCUCUCACUGUAACUGCUCCCAGAUGGGGUUGGCUGGGCCGGAGCAUGCGGAUCCAGUGCCCAGAGUGCACACGCCUGAUGGAGCACCCUCGGCCUGCCCCCUUCCUCCAGACAGAGCCAAGUCCCCCUGUCUGUCUUGCAGUGUGGCCUUGAUAGCAGGGGAGGAUCGGGUUCUGGAGGAAGGAAUGGUGCACAAUGGCUGCCAUGACGACCACAAGACGAACAGCAGCAAGGACUCCUCAAAUCUGAAGUGUUCCCCCGCGGUUUCUGCAGGACGCAGCCCCAAAGCUCUGAACGGCCUUCUCAGUCCUCGGCUGGAGGCCCUGACCAACAGCCAGACAUCGCUGUGUGAGAUGCUGCAGGAGAAGGAGAAGAAGACGUGGAGUGGAGGAGCCAUGGGAAUGGACCAUUCAGCGCUCAUCCCUCUGCGAUCCAAGAACUUCAGGGAGAGAAGUGAUGCUCAUUUUGUGGAUGUUAUCAAGGAGGACAGUCUCAUGAAGGACUAUUUCUACAAACCUCCCAUAAACAAGCUGAGCCUCACCUUCCUGGAGAAGAGCCUGGAGUCUGCUUACCGGAUAAGCUAUCAGGAGGAGGUGGAGACCCAGGCAGCAGUGCAGACGUUUGCCAGUCCAACAUUCAGCUCUUUCUUGGACAUGCUGCUGUGCUGUUCUGUAUUUCUGGCUCUCUCAUUGGCCUGUUUUCUUCAACCGCUUGUUACCCAGCAGAAUCUGUCCACACCGGCACUCGUUCUGACAGCUGUAGUCGCACUGCUGGAGGCUGUGGCUCUGCUGUUUGCUAUACGUAUGGCCUUCUAUCUGGACAGUGUGCUGAGUUGCACUCGGGUACUGAUGAGAGCCAUCUCAGGCUGGAUAGCACGCCACUUUAUCGGGGCGGUUCUGGUGUCGCUGCCGGCUGUGGCGGUCUUCUUCCAUGUCACCUGUGACAUGCAUCUCUCCGUUCAGUUCACCAUGUUCCUCUGCUGUGCUGUCAUCAUAGCUAUCAUACAAUAUUGUAACUUCUGCCAGCUCAGCUACUGGAUGCGCUCAACGUUAGCGACACUGGUGGGACUGGCACUGCUUGCACUGCUCUUCAGCUCCCCCUGCAGCGUUGCUAAGAGUCUGUUUUUCUGGUCUGAUGGCCAGAACAGCAACAACAGCAACAGCUCCAUCAUCAUGUAUGACACCUCAGUAGACGCUGACCCACAACCACAGGACCUUCUAGGCCCUGAGGCCUGCGUGGCGUUUUUCCUGCUACUUCUCCUGGUCUGGUUCCUUAACCGUGAAUUUGAGGUCAGUUACCGUCUACAUUACCAUGGCAACGUAGAGGCUGAUCAGCACCGCAUCAAGAUUCAGAACAUGAGGGACCAGGCCGACUGGCUGCUUCGCAAUAUCAUUCCCAUCCACGUGGCUGAGCAGCUUAAGGUCACACAGAGCUACUCCAAGAACCACGACAAUGUGGGCGUAAUAUUUGCCAGCAUCGUAAAUUUCAGUGAGUUUUAUGAAGAAAGCUACGAGGGAGGUAAGGAGUGCUAUCGUGUCCUCAAUGAGCUGAUUGGCGACUUUGAUGAGCUCUUACGGAAGCCUGUCUUCUCAAACAUUGAGAAGAUCAAGACCAUCGGCGCCACCUACAUGGCAGCAGCAGGACUCAACGCUCAGCAGUGUGCUGAUGCAGCACAUCCUCACGCCCACCUCCGGGCUCUUUUUGAAUUUGCCCUUGAAAUGAUGCGUGUGGUGGAUGACUUCAACAAGAACAUGCUAGGCUUUGGCUUCAAGCUUCGCAUUGGAUUCAACCAUGGGCCUCUAACAGCUGGGGUGAUUGGCACCACUAAGCUUCUCUACGAUAUCUGGGGUGACACGGUCAACAUUGCCAGUCGCAUGGAUACAACGGGUGUGGAGUGCCGUGUUCAGGUCAGCGAAGAGAGCUAUUGUGUGCUCAGUGGCAUGGAUUAUGAGUUUGAUUAUCGUGGCACAGUUAAUGUCAAAGGCAAAGGUCAAAUGAAGACCUUCCUUUACCCUAAAAGCAGUGACAGCGGCCCUGUGCCUCAGUAUCAGCUCUCUGUCUCACCGGAGAUCCGAGCACAGGUGGAUGGUAGCAUUGGGCGCUCACCCACUGAUGAAAUUGCCAGCAUGGUGCCUGCAACGAGCACGACUGCAAGCAGUACCAAUACUAUGGUACCCAGUGCCAGCACCGGUUCAUCUGCUACAACAGGGAUAAGCCAUGUGAAAGAGGCAGACAGCCAUGAAAGACGUCCUGCCGCAGACACCUCUGUUGCCAGGAGAUCUGUGUCUCACAGUGGCCUCACAUCUAUACCUGCAACCAACGUGGAAGGACCUCCUCCUUCUUCAAAUAACAAAGAGCUCAUCAUCUCAUCCUCAGUCCAGCAAGACACACCCCACAAUUCUACAAGGUCUCCGAAAGACACAAAGCAGGACAAAUAUGAGGAUGACUAUGACAGUAGUAUUGGAGAGUUAACCAGACUUUAAGAGUUUGCUGCAGUGGCGCUUUUAAUAUCAACCCUCUACCCUUUAAGCUCUCGUUCCUGCCAGUUGGCAUGUGUAGAAUUGCUGUACAUUGGUCCUACUAUAAGUAGGGACCGAGGAUGUGGAGGAACCCACAUCCAUCCUCUCAUUAGCCAGGAAGCAGGUUGUUUUUAGUGUAAAUAUGAUUGGCUGAUAUUAUCAAAGGUGCUGGGUGGACCAGAAAGAAGGUCAGAGGCAGGAAUGCACAGAAAAUGAGAAGAUGUGAUAGCUGACCCUGAACCUUCUCUUGCCUGCUACAGAUCCCAUCGUCUGCCAUUAACUUACUUGAGUAUCUUUACACCUUUAAUCUUGAUAAUUUCUGUCACAUAUCUUUUAAGUGCCUUUAGAAUAGAAUAAUACGUAGACUAAGCCUUUUUAAGUAAGGGGAUAACAACAUAAAGGGAAAACUGUAAAUUAUUAAACUUUUUGGAGAAGAAAACAACAACAUUGCUUUUGUUACCUGUUUACUUUUUAAACUAUGUUUUGCUAUGAUACUUUUGCCUUUUAUCAAAGAGGAACGAAACAACGUUAGAAGCAUCCCAAUAUGUGUCAAGAGGAGGAAAAUGGAAAAGAUGUUACUCCAAGAUAUGUACUCGUAAUAUCUGCACUAACAUGCUGCAGAGCCUGUGUCCAUGUUGUUCCUGAAAACCAGAAAAGUGUGUAUGGAGGGCACAACAGGGACUAAUCAGUACAGGCUAAAGGCAGGGAAGGAUGAGCUGUGUGAGUGUGUUUGCAUGCAUGCAGUACGUGUGUCUUUAUAGUGACAUUAUGCAGGGUUUAAUCAGGAGAGUUGCCUAAAAGUUACUCAGAUGAAACUGCAGGAUUGCAAACGCCGAAGGAACGACAUCAGACAAUAAAGUUUUGUGCUGAUGUGGCAGCUUUUGCUCUGGCCUCAGUUAGGAGCUUUGUAUGGCCUCGGCACUGAGGCAUGAUGGUCUCAGCCUCAUUUAAUCAGCAUGCUUGCAGCAUCGUAGGCUAACUGCUACUAGCGUUUGCAACCUUCACUCAUGAUCAAGACUCUUGUGGGAACUCGAGCUUGUGUUGAUGAGUAUUUCAGUGGAUCCUGCAAACCACUGGUGAACCUGUAGAGUGUCUUCAGCCAUGACUUUAGGUGGAUUAGAGAAUACAGCCGCCUAGGUUUGCUAUGGAUUCCCUGUGUGUUAGUUGAUAGUGCUUAUAAGGCAUGGAUAAUCAGUGGAAUGUCACAAAUAAAAUCUAAAUGUGUUCAUUGUUACACAAAACUUGAACUGUUUAUUUGAGGCACCUCUCUGCUUCCUGUUAUUUGAAGGACAAUACUGGAUGCAAACAUCUGGACGCUUUUGCUGCUUCAUACUUUCAAUGGCAUGAAACUUAAUGUAUUAGCACUGUAAAUGUGAAAACAGUGCACCAAAUGGAUUUCAUAUCCCUAGGUGUUUUGUAUUUUAUUUUUUAUUUCAUGUCAGAAUUAUUAUACAUCUCUCUUGCCGUUACAUCUCCUCUGUGUCACUGUUUCUUAGCAAAAAGGAUUGUGUGCUCAAAGGCAAAAUAGUUUUACCAUGAAACCCGCUCAGCUGUCUUAUUUAUCGCAUUCAAAUAUCCUGAAGGACACAACCUCGUAUUUUUAAAUUGACAUUUCAUAGCAAGGCAUUUUAAGUAACAAAGCAAGCAUGAGAAAUAUUGAAGAAACACAGAGAACCAAUUUGCCUUCUGUUAUUGUUCAAUAUUUUAUUUUUUCCUGCUGCAUUUGACAUUACCCUAAUAGUUAAAUCAUGAUUUUGGUUUCUGUGUGGCAGUUAGGGUAGCUUGUGCCUUUUAGCUUUGAACUUUUCAUUUUUGUCACUAUCACUUUUCAAUCGCUUUCAUUCCUUGAGACAAUUCACAUUUCUCAACGGCAUGUGCUUUGAGAAUGUCUGUGCUUGAAUCACAUUUUAAUUUUUGGUAAAGUUUUCUAAGAUCACAAGAUUUGAGCAGUGCCUUUUCUACAUAUAUACAAUGAAAGCAUACCAAACAUUUGACAUUCGUUUGGAUUGUGACGGUUUUUGAAUUUCUUUUGGCAUUCACUUUUAUGCUGUGUUUAUUUGUCAGCUGGAGUUGUUUUAAAUGCAAUAACAGUGAUUUGAAAGGUCCUUUUGCUUAUGAGCACACAACCCUUGUACUCCACAAUAAAGGGAUGCUUAGAAUAAUUAUUACUGUCCAAUGUUAAGUGCUCAAUGAAGGUCAUGGUUUUUGAGUGUCAGGUAAAGAAUAUAAGCUACAUUUCCUUUUAAGCUCCUUGAAAAGCUCUUUUAAAUAAUGUGUUUUUUAUGAAGCCUGAGCAGCGAGAGGUGUGCAAAGUCACAGAUUUGAUCGCCACUUCCCCCCCUCUUUGUUUUACUGCAAACGUGAGCAUAUCCGUUGAUUUGGUUGGAUUUAUUGAGAUGUAAGCGACAUUCUGAACCAGCAGAAUGGCACACUGGGUAAAUUUUGAUGCCAAAGAGUGUCAUUGCCAUCUCUUGGAUUUAUUUAUUUUGUUUUGUAUGCUGUUUAAAUGUCUUAAUUUGCAGGUCAUUGGAGGUCAUUUCUAUACUCACUGUUAAAACACAAUUGCACAAGGCACUCACUUUUUUUGUACAGUAUGCCUUUGUAUUGUAUAGUAUUUGAGCAUUUUCUAUUAUUUAUAUAAGCGCAUGUUUUAGAGUAUUAAAUAGUCUAAAGAACUGAGUAACUUUAACCAUGUUGGAGUAAUACCUGUGUGUUCUGUUUGCCUGCAUGUGUGUAAAUAAUGUAUGAGUGUUUGUAAAACUGUGUGGUUGUGUGUAAUUUGGAAGGAAUGCUCUAGUCUUAGCAGGAAUGUAAUCUGGACAUUUUAGUCAACUUUUAUCAUUGCAAAAAAGUGUGACAUGCUGAGACAGAAAGGCUUCAAUCAGUAGAGGUUUCCCUUUUUCAGAUUUAAAGUAGCCAAAUAAAACGGAUGAGACACGGCAAGGUAUCUGCUGGUAGGCAGUACUGGAGGAGCCCACGACUGCUCCCGCCAAGUUUUAAUGAACUGUUGCUUUCUUUGGAUAUGUUUUUGUAUAUAGCACGCUAACAGGUGAAGUGAAAGUUAAAAUUGAAUAAAGUCAGUUGCUGGGAAAUGUUGUCCAUUUGAAUUUAUAGCCUGUACACUACAUUGGGUUGUGAGUUUACCAAUGAUAGAUUGUGACAAUGGAAGUACAUGUACUUAAGUAUUGUGAAGAAGUAACUGUGAGGUACUUGCACUUUACUUCAGUAUUUUGCUUUUUAAUUCCUCUAUAUUUACACUUUCUACUCCACUCGGAGAAUUUUUAAAUGGUCUAUUUCAGUGUAACGUAUUUUUAUUUAUUAUGCUACCCAACGAUACAUUAAACCAGCUACAACCUUAAA